CCAGAGAAGGCCUAUUUAUUUCGGAGCAGAGCAAGAGAGUGACGGCGGCCGCUCCUGACCGGAGAAUUCUUCUUCUUCUUCGAUCUGCCUUGUUCUGUCCUGCUUCUUGGAAGAGGUGUAAUAUGAAGCAUUAGUGAGGAGCUUGGUGGUUGUUCUAGUGAAGCUAUUACAAAUAUGGCUUCCAGCACGGUGGAAGAGACUGUUCCUAGUGAAAAUGUACUUGAAUGGGUUGAAAAAGACAAGCGCCGAUUUCUACAUGCUGUUUAUCGUGUUGGAGAUUUAGACCGGACCAUAAAAUUUUAUACUGAAUGCUUUGGGAUGAAACUGCUGCGUAAGAGAGACAUUCCUGAAGAGAAAUAUUCAAAUGCAUUUCUUGGCUUUGGUCCAGAAGCUUCUCAUUUUGUGGUAGAGCUGACGUAUAAUUAUGGGGUGGAUAAGUAUGACAUUGGCACAGGCUUUGGGCAUUUUGCUAUUGCAUCGGAAGAUGUUUAUAAAUUGGUUGAGGGCAUCAGGGCCAAGGGUGGUAAGAUUACACGUGAACCAGGUCCUGUUAAAGGAGGAACAACAGUUAUUGCUUUUGUUCAAGACCCUGAUGGUUAUAUGUUUGAGCUUAUUCAAAGGGGCCCGACGCCUGAGCCUCUUUGCCAAAUUAUGCUUCGUGUGGGCGACUUAGAAAGAUCCAUCAAGUUUUAUGAGAAGGCUUGUGGGAUGAAGUUAUUGAGGACACGAGAUAAUCCUGACUACAAGUAUACUAUUGCCAUGAUGGGUUAUGCUGAAGAAAAGGAAUCAACAGUGCUAGAGUUGACAUACAAUUAUGGUGUGACAGAAUAUACCAAAGGCAAUGCAUAUGCUCAGGUUGCUAUUAGCACUGAAGAUGUUUAUAGAAGUGCUGCUGUUGUGGAUUUGGUUGCCAAGGAGCUAGGAGGAAAAAUUACAAGGCAACCAGGACCAAUUCCAGGAAUCAACACUAAAAUUACCUCCUUCCUUGAUCCAGAUGGCUGGAAAGUGGUUCUAGUUGACCACUCUGACUUUCUCAAGGAGCUUGAGUAAUGAUCAUGAGACUGUUCCUAGAAUGAACAGUAGUACUUAAUACCUGGCCAGAACUAUGGUGUAAUGUGAUUUCUGAGCUUUACUUAUCUAGCUUUAUUUAGACAUUUUCCUGCUGUUUCACAGUGAUAGCAUAUAUGCUUUGGAAUUGUUAGCAAUUACGCGAGUGCCUGAGCAUUGUUCUUAAUUUAAUGGGCUCUUAUGUUCUUAUA